GAGUUGAAGAAGAAGAAGGGCAUUAAGGAGGAGGUGCAGCUGACCUCCAAACAGAAGGAGCUGAUGAACACCCAGCUGGAGAAGGAGGCGGCCAUACGCAAGAAGCUACUGGGGUUGGAUGCUGAGCUGGAGUCCAGUGUUGGUCUGCUGGAGUCGGUGCUGAUGCAGCGUCCUCCUCAGUUGUCGUGGCAACUGCCCAGCAUCCUCCAGGCUGUGCUGCCCCUGCUGCACUCCCCCCUGGCGGCCCCGCGCCUCGCCAAGCUCAUGCCAACCAUCGGCACCGCACUCAUGCCAACGCAGCUCAACAGCCUGGCGGUGCUGGUGGCCCAUGUGACUCUGCGUCUGCUGGAGCCUGAGUGUGAUCUGGACUCGGCCUGGGAGGAGGAGGACCUGACCACCGCUACACACCGCACCAUACUGCUGCUCUACACACACACCGUACCACAACGAGAGGCCAAGACAGAGUCCCAUGUGCUGUCGGCUCCGGCAUUCUCCUUCUGCUUUCCGCUGCUGCAGGCCGUCCUCUCUCCCGGCCAAUCAGGAGAGGAGGGGGAGGCGGUCAUGUGCCGCGCCCUCCAGGUCAUCCAGCAGCACGCGCAGCUACGCAGCCAAUCAGACGACGCCGAUGAGCUCAUCGAUGAGAAUGGACCAGAGCUCCUGCCCAGGGUUCCGAUGCUGCGGCUUCUCACCAAAGUUAUCGGCACUGCUAUUCCACGCCUACAGGUGCUGGCUGCGGACUGCUUGACUGCGUUGUGUGUGAGUGCGGGCGGUGAGAAGGGCUGUACGCUGGCGGAGCAGGCUGAAGUGGACGUCCUGCUGCAGGCCCUACUGUCACCAUGCUUUCCUGUCAGGGACGCAGCACUACGGGGACUGUGUGAGAUGAAGAUGGCGCUGGCUACUGACAGCAGUGAGCCGGGUGGUCUGAGCGUGCUCCGACGCCUCUGGGUGGCUCGCUACGACGUGGAGGAGGAGGGACGCGCCCUCGCCGACAAGCUGUGGGAGGAUCUGUGUCUGGAGUUGGUUCCGGAACUCUGUGGUCAGCUGAUUGAGGAUGUCACUCAUCACGAGGAGGCGGUCCGCAGUGCGGGGGCGGAGGCUCUGUCCAGCGCUGUCAAUCAAUAUUCUGACCAAUCAGCACCUGUGCUCGCUCAGCUCACCGAACUCUACCAGCAGAAACUAUAUAGACCUCCUCCUGUGUUGGAUGCGUUGGGCCGUGUGAUCUCUGAAGCCCCUCCUGACCAAUGGGAAGCCAGGUGUGGUAUUGCGUUGGCUCUUAAUAAGCUUGCUCAGUACCUGGAUGAGAGUCAGGUGACGCCGCUGUUCCUCUUCUUUGUUCCCGACGCGCUGAACGACAGACACCCCGAGGUGCGGAAAUGCAUGCUGGACGCAGCACUGUCUGCCCUCAACACACACGGCAAGGACAAUGUGAGUUGUCUGCUGCCGGUGUUUGAGGAGUUCCUGAAGGAGGCGCCGCAGGACGCCAGCUACGACUCGGUGCGCCAGAGCGUCGUCAUCCUCAUGGGCUCCCUCGCCAAACAUCUGGACAAGAACGACCCCAAGGUCAAACCCAUCGUCGCCAAGCUCAUCAACGCACUCUCCACACCUUCACAACAGAGAGUGUGUGUGUGGGGUCGUUCUUGUCCAAGUGCCUCACACAAAGUCAAACCCAUCAUCGCCAAACUCAUCAACGCACUCUCCACACCAUCACAACAGGUUCAGGAGUCUGUGGCCAGCUGCCUGCCCCCGCUGGUGCCGGCGAUCCGCGAGGACGCGGGCGGAAUGGUGCGGAAGCUUCUAGAACUCCUACUGGAGAGCGACAAGUACGCCGAGCGCAAGGGUGCCGCCUACGGCCUCGCCGGAUUGGUCAAGGGGCUCGGAAUCCUGUCCCUCAAACAGCAAGACAUCAUGACCACCCUCACCGACGCCAUUCAGGACAAGAAGAACUUCAGGAGGAGAGAGGGGGCUCUGUUUGCCUUUGAGAUGCUGUGUAACAUGCUGGGGAAGCUGUUUGAGCCCUACGUGGUCCACGUGCUGCCUCACCUGCUGCUCUGCUUUGGGGACGGGAACCAGUACGUCAGAGAGGUGAGGAACAACACACACACACACACCUCUAUCUCUCUACUCAUCCCUCCCAUUUAUGUCAUUGAUCGCACGUCUGGCCCGCCCACCCAAAAUGAGCGGGCCGAGUAUUCGUAG